AUGAAUAGAAUCACCGCAUUCUGUGUCUUAAUGGUCGUGGCAAUAUUCGGAUGUAUAUUGCAGGGUGUUCCACGCUAUGUCGACAAUUUGAAAAUAAAAUGGAAUGAGGUCCUCGAAAACAAGCUGUCUACGCAGCCUAAUACCAGUGACACGUUCACAUCUUCAAUAACAACGUCCCUAGCUUUCAGCAAAACGACAAGCUCUAACUUACAAGAUGAGUUUCCUGCAAUAACAGAACAUGCGGUGUUCAUCUGGGAAGACUUGCAAAGAAGAAGAAAAGAGCAUGUUGCUACGAUAUGCCAACAACAUCCAGAGCUGAUGGCUGAGCAAGUCAAUUAUGGACGUUUUCUAGUCGACGAUAAUUACAAAAUCCUCUACUGCCCAGUAGCAAAGGUUGCGAGCUCUAACUGGCGAAGGGUGAUGCUUGUACUAAGAGGAACGUUUAGAAAUGUAUAUGAGAUAGGGAAAGGUGUCCCGUAUAAAUAUAAAUACACUUCGUUGAAUAGUUACACCAAUUCAGAGAUACAAUUACGCAUGCGCACAUACACUAAGUUCAUGUUUUCUAGACACCCAUUUACUAAAUUACUUUCUGCGUAUAACGAUAAACUUAGCGGUGAUUCUCCUAAAGACGUUUUUCUGAAAAAAAUAGUUCCACGAGUGAAUGCAGCGAACAAAAUGAAUUACACCGGGGCAGGAUUUACUUUCCAGGAAUUUGUUAACUAUAUAUUGGAGACAGAUCCAGACCUAUUUGACGGUCAUUGGGGGUUGAUUAAAAAUCACUGUAAUCCGUGCAAUGUCAAAUUUGACUUUCUCGGAAAAUUUGAAACAUUGAGUGAGGAUGUUGAUGGUAUACUUAGAAAAAUUAAUGCCAGUGAAGUUGCUGAUUUCUCUUCAUACGUCCCCCAUAGGACAAAUAGUUCAUCGAUUGACACUGUGACAGACCACUUUAGCCAUCUAACGGAACAGCAAAUUGAAGGACUGUACGCAAAAUACAAAAUCGAUUUUGAUUUAUUUGAUUACGACAAUGAUCAGUUUCUUAAUAUUUCUCAAUCACUGUAA